AUGGCUGAGGAAGUGACGGCAAGUGACGCUAGUAAAAGGAAAAAUCUUCUAUGUGAAGGAGACCAAGGAAUUUCAGAAGCCAUUAGGGUAGGUGUUGUUGGUGUCAUGAUGCAAGGGCAAGCUUCUAUGGAUAUGGCAAUCUCUUUUCCUUUGCCAGCAUGUUAUCUUCAAUUAAAAGAUGCUGCAAAAAUACUUACAUACAUCCGUUCUACAAGUUUUCCGACUGCAGCCAUCUUAAAGACCAUUGAGGUCAAAGAUAGUUUGGCACCUGUUGUUGCCUCUUUUUCAUCAAGGGGUCCAAACAAAGCUGCACCCGAAAUUUUGAAGCCCGACUUUAUUUCUCCUGGAGUUGACAUAAUGGCUAGUUGGUCUCCAAUUUCUGAUAUUUCUGGUGAGACCAGAAAAUUGAUGUUCAAUAUUAUAUCAAGAACAUCAAUGGCAUGCCCUCAUGUAUCCGGAGCAGCGGUAUAUGUAAAGUCAUUCCAUCUCACAUGGUUACCCGCUGCUAUUCGGUCUGCUCUUAUGAUAACAGGAUAA